UACCUUGGCAAUAGUAUUUUUUUCACGCGGCCUUGACAGUUGAAUAUAUAAGUAGCGAACUUCCCUCUACGAUAGUACCGCAUUUAAGCGUUUACCCACAAACGUGACAGACAUCAUGUCGCGCAGUCACUUUUUCUUGGUGGCCUUUUUCCUUGCUGUAAUAGUGGCGUUUUGUUCCGCCAUUCCAGUUGAAGUCAAAGAUCCUGCAGUUUCCGCCGUAGUCCCAGCAAAUCCAGCAGUUGAAAACGUAAGACCCAAACGGCAAUUUCUUGCUGGACUCUUGAUAGGGAAAGCUCUUGGAGCUGGAUACGGUUAUGGCUUAGGUCGUUCAGCUUACUAUGGCGGAUAUGGACGCUAUCCCCAUGCCUACGGCCACCAUGGACCAUAUGGUGGUUAUGGAUACGGAGGCCACUAUUACUGGUAAGAUUGCAAGAUAGCAAUGUGCAUUGCUGCCCACUUGUAUUCCUGUGGAUAUAUGAAUUGCUUUCAUCGAAGAGGAUCGUUUUUCCCGAAUUUGGAAAGAGAACACUGCACGUUAUACGCACAGAAAACUUCAUUAUUUUUAUU